CUUUCGAUACUUGCGUUGCGUGCAUCUUCGUCACAUGCAGGUGAUGCCAGUCAUCUGAUUUUCGUUGAAAGAAUAGUCAGUAUCGCAAUAUUUGUAAUAAUUUACUUCCGUACGUCUUAUAAUUGAAAUCAAUGACAAGAAAUCAACAUUUUUAUAUAUAAAGUCUCCAUUUACUGGUAAGAUGUCAUCUCGAUUAAUUGUAACAUGAGACUGUGGGUUGUGGUGGCGCACAUUGUAUUAGUGGCUACUAAUCUAUGGGUGACAGCGCACUUCCAGGAAGAAAUACCCGAGGAUAAUGAAUUUGCUGAAUUUGAAGAUUUUGAGGAGGAGAAGCCUCCAAGUUUACCCGUUGAACGUGUAUCAGAAUCUAUACAGGAGGAAGAUCAGGAUUUUGAGGAGGACGAGGUCUUAGUGACAGAUGGAGACAGUGAAUUCGAUCACUUCCAGGAUGAGGAGGAGUUUGAAGGACUGGACGUUACUGGAAGCAACGCUGGUCCAAAGACAGAUGAACCCUCCACGUUAACCAUUACAAAGGUCCCGUUACAUCUACGAGACAGAUGGGACAGUUUUUACUUAGAGAUACUGAUGAUCACCGGAUUAUUGGUAUACUUUAUAAAUUACAUAGUUGGACGUUCGAAGAAUGCUCGUAUAGCCGAGCAAUGGUUGAUAGAGCAUAAGCAACUCUUGCUGGACAAUUUCUCUCUAGUGGGUCAUUCGAGUAAAUCAGAUAACGCCAACGAUAAUGAUUUGAUGAAGGAAAGCGAAUCCCAGUACAGCUUGUAUUGCUCAGGACGUGUCGGCUGUGACUCGAUGCUCAUCGAGUUGAAAUUAAUCAAGAGGCAGGAUCUGGUUGCCGUAUUAGCUCAACUAGUGCGUCCACAAAACGAUCAGGCUCAUAUACACAUAGAACUCUCGAAGGACGAGAUAGAUAAUUUUGUUUUAGCAGUUGCUACAAAGCGAACAGCGGUGCACUUGGUGCGCGACAUGGCUGACAUCAGCGUCUAUUGCCCAGAGAAACGACCUGGGGAAAAGUUCGGUCUUCCAGCAGGCUUCUACGUGAUGUCUGAGAUCGCAGAAACGACGUCGGCUAUCUUGGACACGAAGGUUCUGCAAACCUUCUCUAAAUUUGCCUCUUACAUAGAUUACAUUCAUAUAAGCGACCAGUUCAGCGGACGCAAACAACAAGAAGACACUAGUCAAUUAACGAUGCCGGAAGUAAAGAGGGUAUUAUUGAUGGGUCUGAACAUAAGUCUCAAAGGUCGCACGUGUAACGCAGAGACCCAGGAGAGACUCAAACUCUUACUACAACUUGCUUUUUAUUUAAUCGAUAAACUGCGACGUUUUAAGUUGUCCAAAGAGGGUAAAAAUAAGGCGGAUAAAAACAGACUCAAAGUGGAGGAGGCCUUUCUGAAGACGACGCACGCUGCAAGGGCCGAAGCUGCGGCGCAAAGACGGGAAGAACGUCGAAGAGCCGAGAAGGAGAGAAUUCUCCAGGAAGAGGAUCCCGAUAAACAAAGGAAAUGGGAGGAGAAGGAACAACGAAGACUGGCGAAGAAACGUGCCCCCAGAAUGAAGCAACUCAAGGUGAAAGCUUUGUGACAAGGUUACGAUCAAAAUUAAUAAAAGCGAGUCGUAGAUUCUACAGAAUCAUGAAAUUCACUACCGCUGAAAUACUCGCAGAGAGAGAGAAUUUUGUUAAAAGAUUGUACUUCGUCCAAAUUAUCUACAAAUUAUGCUAAACUUAUAUAUCUCUUCAUU